GUUUUUUUUUUUUUUUUUUUUCUUCUUCUCCUUCCUCUUCGAACAAACUUUAUUGUUCCGGCGGCGCCGCGCGCACGCGAUGCGCUGAGGCCGCCGCGCUCGGCCCCGCUCCGCCCGGCCUCGGCAUGUCGGGCAGCCGCCCGCCGCCGCACCCCGCCGCGCCGCCCGCCGCCCCGGCCUCCUCCUCCUCCUCUUCCUCUUCUUCUUCUUCCUCCUCCUCCGCGGCCAUGGCGCCCGGCUCGUCCUCCUCGGGCGGCGCGGCGGCGCGGCCCGUGCUGGUGGCGGCCGCCGUGUCGGGCUCGGGCGCAGCGGCGGCGGCGGGCGCGGGGCUGGCCCGGCUGGCGGCGGCGGCGCGGCCCGGCGGCGGCGGCGGCUCGUCUGGUGGCGGCGGGGCGGGAGGAGGGGGCAGGAAGAGGCCGCUGCUCACCCCGCUCUGCAACGGGCUGCUCAACUCCUACGAGGACAAGAGCAACGACUUCGUGUGUCCCAUCUGCUUUGAUAUGAUUGAAGAAGCCUACAUGACAAAAUGUGGACACAGCUUCUGCUACAAAUGUAUUCACCAGAGCUUGGAAGACAACAACAGAUGUCCCAAAUGUAAUUAUGUUGUGGACAACAUAGAUCAUCUUUAUCCCAACUUUUUAGUCAAUGAACUUAUUCUUAAACAAAAACAGAGAUCUGAGGAGAAAAGAUUCAAACUGGACCAUUCAGUGAGUAGCACAAAUGGCCACAGGUGGCAGAUAAUUCAAGAUUUGUUGGGAACUGAUCAAGACAAUCUUGACUUGGCUAAUGUCAACCUGAUGCUUGAGCUGCUGGUGCAAAAGAAGAAGCAAUUAGAAGCAGAGUCCCAUGCUGCCCAGCUGCAGAUCCUUAUGGAAUUUCUCAAAGUUGCCAGAAGAAACAAACGAGAGCAACUGGAGCAGAUCCAGAAGGAGCUAAGUGUUCUGGAAGAAGAUAUUAAACGAGUAGAGGAAAUGAGUGGCUUGUACUCCCCAGUCAGUGAGGACAGUACGGUGCCACAGUUUGAAGCUCCCUCACCUUCACACAGUAGUAUUAUUGACUCCACGGAAUAUUCUUUAUUGCUUGGCUUUUCCUCUCUCAAGAAGCAUGUUCUCUUCUCCCUUCAGGCCAAAAAGCAGCCAUGGUAUAACAGCACGCUAGCCUCGCGACGGAAGCGGCUCACAGCUCACUUUGAGGACCUCGAGCAGUGCUAUUUUUCCACAAGGAUGACACGUGUCUCAGAUGACAGCAGAACCACAAGCCAGCUGGAUGAGUUUCAGGAGUGUCUAUCCAAGUUCACGCGCUACAAUUCUGUCCGACCCCUGGCAACGCUGUCCUACGCUAGUGACCUCUACAAUGGCUCCAGCAUAGUCUCCAGUAUUGAGUUUGACCGGGACUGUGACUACUUUGCCAUCGCGGGGGUGACAAAGAAGAUUAAAGUCUAUGAAUAUGGUACAGUCAUUCAGGAUGCAGUGGAUAUUCACUACCCUGAGAAUGAAAUGACCUGUAAUUCCAAAAUCAGCUGUAUCAGCUGGAGUAGUUACCACAAGAACCUGCUAGCCAGCAGCGACUAUGAAGGCACAGUCAUCCUGUGGGAUGGGUUCACGGGACAAAGAUCCAAGGUCUACCAGGAGCAUGAGAAAAGGUGCUGGAGUGUUGACUUCAACUUGAUGGACCCAAAGCUAUUAGCUUCAGGCUCUGAUGAUGCAAAAGUGAAGCUGUGGUCUACCAAUUUGGACAACUCCGUAGCAAGCAUCGAAGCCAAGGCAAACGUGUGUUGUGUCAAAUUCAGCCCCUCUUCUAGAUACCACCUAGCCUUUGGCUGUGCAGAUCACUGUGUCCACUAUUAUGAUCUUCGCAACACUAAGCAACCCAUCAUGGUGUUCAAAGGGCAUCGCAAGGCUGUCUCCUAUGCAAAAUUUGUGAGUGGGGAGGAAAUAGUCUCUGCGUCAACAGACAGUCAGCUGAAGCUGUGGAACGUAGGGAAACCUCACUGCUUGCGCUCCUUCAAGGGCCACAUCAAUGAGAAGAAUUUUGUAGGGCUGGCAUCCAACGGAGACUACAUUGCCUGUGGAAGCGAAAAUAAUUCCCUUUACCUAUACUAUAAAGGCCUCUCAAAGACACUCCUGACAUUCAAGUUUGAUACGGUCAAGAGCGUCCUGGACAAGGACCGGAAAGAAGAUGACACAAAUGAAUUUGUGAGUGCUGUCUGCUGGAGGGCACUACCAGAUGGGGAGUCCAACGUGCUAAUUGCUGCUAACAGUCAGGGUACAAUUAAGGUACUGGAGCUGGUAUGAAGGCUUUUCUCAAGGCUUGAGGUACUUGGUCCUGCUGAUAUGCUGCAGUGUUCAUCUGGGAUCUUCAGUAGGACAAGAAACCGAAACCACCUUGAUAUUCCUCCCCAAAACCACCAUGUUUGUUUGUUUGUUUUCCCAUAUAUGGACUUUCAAGGACAUUUUUGAGACGCUGGGAACACCGGUGAACUGUCUGCCAUCAACAUUAACUCCACAGACUUUGCUGCUGCUGGUGGUGGUAUGGUUGUCUAAUUUUUAUGAUAGGAAAACAAAUUCUUUUAAAUAAAAACAAAAAGAAAUAAUAAAAUUUAUUGAGCCACAAGCUGAAGCGGGAAGAUUCUCUCUUGUUGCAUAUGGGAACAGAUUUACUGGGGAAGGGAGCUUACCGGACCACACAGGGCUGUCCUCAGUUGCGUAUCUCCACUCAUCUUUAUCUGGACUAUUCCUUCAUCCCUGUUGGCAUAAAGUCUCUGAGCCUUACCUGGACGUGCAAGCAAUUUUCUUUCAGAUAUGGUUGAGUUGUUCCUUUGAUUUUAUUUUUUAGAUGCAUUAAAUGUUGAGAAAUGUCACCCAGGUUGACAUCGCUGGAGACUAAAGUCCUUUGGUUACCCAGAAGAGAAGGGCAGCUUCCCCUUCUUCUUCCCUUUAUGGCCCUGCUCUGGCCCUAAGGGGCUGCUCCAAAGGAGAGGAGUAAGUCAGCCUUUCACCCACGUGAACCCAGUCCUCUGCUGCCUGCCACCGACUGUGCAGAAAUGAUGUGAGCUGCAGCUGCCUGGGACCUGGACUGCCCUCACUGAGACAUCUUGGAGAGGUGCCCUCAUUGACACUGAGCUGCCUCUCUUUGACUACAUCAGCUGGAGGAGAAAGCAUCUUUAUCCAGUUACCAAAGCCCUGCACCACUCGCCUCCUGUGUGGUCUUCUGAUGUUUGCCCCUCUGCAAACCAUCAAUGGAAGCUAAGCGUUGUGAAUGCUGUAAUAAGAGAGGGGAUGGAGUUGGUUUGUAAUGUGUUUCAGAGCCAUGAUAUAAGUAGCCUUAUUUUUAAUGGUCGUGCAUACACUUAAUUGUACAUACGGAGGGGGAAUAAACCAUGAUGCUAAGA